AUGCCGAUAUGGGCAUAUGAGGAAGAUCAAGGCAAAGAAAAUGUUGGGCUUUAUGCAAAUCCAAUUGGUACGAGAUUGAUUUACUAUCUUCGUAAGGAAUGGAACUUGAAUAAGACGGAUGUUUACUUUGAUGUCAUAAUCAAUCAAACAGUUCCUAAAUUUCGUAUCAAACAGUUCCGAUAUAUCACAGUGAAUUUGAAAACUGUUCCUCACAAUGAAUUUUCAAAGAAAUACAAUACUCAACCAUCUAGCUGCAGCAAUAACCUCGAACAAAACAUUCUCUCUCCCUCAACAUGGGAAAUUGUUGGUACGAGUCCAGAGCCAAAAAUGAAUCGUCUGUUGGUUUUUCAUCUACUUCCACAAAAAGCAUCGCGAAAGAGGGUGUUGUUGGAAAAUACUCUUUCUGGAAAACCGGAAUAUGUUGUGGUAAAAGAACACCCAGAAGGGCCAAAAUGCGAUGAAAUGCUGAUCAUAUUUGUAAGUAGUAAUCUCAUAUUCGAUUAAUGAAAUAUCCUCUUCAGUCCAGAGAUAACUACAGAUUGUUGACUACUCCAACGUCUUCUAUCACUUCAACGCCGAAACCAACUCAAGAGGGAAGGAAGAGUUCAGUUAAUAAAGAAGAUACAUCUACAACAUCAACUUCUACUACCAAUAAUGACAUAACAACCUCACUGUCUGAGAGCACAUCAGAAAUUCCUGAAACUUCGACAACUACACCUCCUUUGACACCUGCACCUUCUUCGAAAAAAAGGACAACUACAAUAACAUUUACUUCAACAACAAUGACUACUACUACCAAAAAAGGCUCUUCAG